AACACCAGUUCAUCUCCUCUUGGUCUGAAAGACUGAAACUUAGCUUCUACGUAGUACAAACUUCAGACUUCAAGUUCAACCUCAACUUGUUAGGUUAAGCAGCUAGCUAGGUUUCACGGCGGAGGUGCGGACAUGGCAGCGACAGUCACCCUCUCUUUCACUGCAAAGCUCGGUUUCACUUUCACGGCGGCGGCGAGCGCUGGCAAUGGCGACGGCGAGCGAACAGCGACGGAGUUCGAAGGUUUUUCCCCCUUGCGCGAUUGGGCUUCGUUUAUGGGCCGAACGGUUUUAGGCUUUUGCUGGGGGUGCUUGCCACGUUCCAUCCGAUGAGGCAUCGACGGGCGCUAGACAUCCACGUCCCUCUGCAGUAGUUGUUGCUACGUUCCUCGCUAACUGGCCCUGCUCGCCCCCGACUGCAUCCGCCCCUGACUCAACCGCGCCGCCCGCCUGUUCAUCCUCAAAGCGCACCCUCCCCCGUUUCUCUCUCCUCUCCUCUCCUCUGUUCCCCCUCGGGGGCCUCCUCAACAAGAUGCUCCGCUCAUGCUGGAAUCUGCACCGUGUUUCCAGAUCUGCUCAUGAAUCCUUCUUGAUGGCCAGAAACAUUGCAGCACAUAGCCAAACGAAUCGGCCCAGCCACCUCCCUUGGGCUUGGGGCAAUGCUUUUUCCUAUUGCACCUCCAGUAAUACCCUCGGUGAGCAAUUUGCCUUUAUCAAAGGGAAAGAUGGAGCAGAAAUUAUGAAGGAACCCAAGCUGGUCAAUGUGAGGUCGGCCGACAUCUAUCCUAAUAGCAGCCAUCGCGAUGGGUCUAUAUACAAAAACUCUAUUCUCCAAAGCAUAGGUCAUGUUACAAAGCGUGAUGAGACACAACUGGAGCCAAUGAAGUUUUCGGAUCCCACUAAUUGCUUUCCUGACCAGCAAAGGGUUCUCUCAUUGAGAUGACUGGCCCUAAGAGGGGCAUUAAUAUGCUCGGUGAUGUUCUAGUUGAGUUUGACAUGAGGAUCAAGACAGGAGGGCAAAAAGAAGAUGAUGAUCUGCAACUUAUCGACGGUGUAGUAGAGUACAGCAAAGCAAAUGCACCUUUUCGUCCAUUCACAGAGCGCAUUAAUGGUAAUUGUGGUGCAGUUGACAUCACUUUAGCACAAGUUCCUGAUGCAGUGGAGGCCACAAUAGAUGUUGUCAUAUCAAAAAUGCAGAGUGGAUUUGAUUUAUCUCUCAGCUCGUUUGUGUUUAUUGGUGGGUCACAUAAGGAGAUUGAGCUCUUUUGCGGUAUUAUUGGUGAGUCAUGUGGUUUAACAAGAAGGCAUGUGAUUGCUAUACAGGAGGAUACUUGGAUGUAUUUGAAGUUCAAGGUAGGUCAGAAAGGCUCUAAUUAUAAUGAUGUAGAACGGUAUUGUCAGUUCAAAGCAAACAUUCAUGGAUGUGCCUAUCAAGAAAUAAUGCUUAAGCAUGCCUCUAUCUGGGUGAAGGUGACUUAGUCGAUCAUACCAUAAAGUUGUUGUGUUCCAUAUUCAAAUUUGAGUUGGACUAUUUGAUCUUGCACUGAAUACAUGUCUAAUUGGCACCGGAUCAAUUUCUUCAAGCUCUAAGCUCCCUUGGAAUAGAGGUGAGAUUUCUCUCACUUUGGUGUACGUGGUGUCCUUGGGUAUUAGUAGGGGGCUACUGCAGGUGGUUCCAGCUACCGAGGAUAUGGCCAAGAUGCACGCGAGGACCAUCUUGCUCGUGCUACUAUCUUCUCGCUCCCUAGCCCAACCUUUGUCUUUCUGUAAAUUGGCAU